AUGACCGAAAUGAGCGAAAAGGAGAAUGAACAGGAUGACGCGGCCACCCAUACCCCCCCAGGGACCGUCUCCGCCCUCCAGGAAACCAAGCUCCAGCGAUUCAAGCGCUCGCUCUCCCUCAAGACCAUCCUCCGAAGUAAGAGUGUGGAGAACUUCUUCCUUCGCUCGAACUCUGAGCUCAAGUGCCCCACCGAGGUGCUGCUGACACCCCCAACCCCACUGCCCCCUCCCUCCCCACCACCCGCAUCCACAGACGGGGGCCUCCCUACCCCAGCCCCCUCCCCGUGCCCAGUCCCACGCCCCCUGGCACCACUCAAACCCAUGAGGCUGCACAGCUUCCAGGAACAUGUCUUCAAGCGAGCCAGCCCUUGUGAGCUGUGCCAACAGUUCAUUGUGGGAAACUCCAAGCAGGGCUUGCGAUGCAAGACGUGCAAAGUCAGCGUCCACCUCUGGUGCUCUGAGGAGAUCUCCCACCAGCAAUGCCCAGGCAAGAAGUCCACCUCCUUCCGCCGCAACUUCAGCUCCCCGCUCCUGGUGCAUGAGCCGCCGCCAGCCUGUGCCAUAAGCAGAGAGUCCCCACCCACUGGGGCCAGCGGCAAGGUGGACCCCGUCUACGAAACCCUGCGCUAUGGCACCUCCCUGGCACUGAUGAACCGCUCCAGCUUCAGCAGCACCUCUGAGUCCCCCACACGGAGCCUGAGUGAGCGGGAUGAGCUGACCGAGGAUGGGGAAGGCAGCAUCCGCAGCUCCGAGGAGGGGCCUGGCGACAGUGCAUCUCCAGUAUUCACAGCCCCAGCCGAGAGCGAAGGGCCAGGACCAGAGGAGAAGAGCCCAGGACAGCAGCGCCCUCAGCCUCCCCUGAGGAAGGACGUGGGGCCUAUGUACUCCUACGUCGCGCUCUACAAGUUUCUGCCCCAGGAGAACAACGACCUGGCGCUGCAGCCUGGGGAUCGGAUCAUGCUGGUGGAUGACUCCAAUGAGGACUGGUGGAAGGGCAAGAUCGGAGACCGGGUUGGCUUCUUCCCAGCCAAUUUUGUGCAGCGGGUGAGGCCAGGCGAGAAUGUUUGGCGCUGCUGCCAACCCUUCUCCGGGAACAAGGAACAGGGUUACAUGAGCCUCAAGGAGAACCAGAUCUGUGUGGGCGUGGGCAGAAGCAAGGAUGCUGACGGCUUCAUCCGCGUCAGCAGCGGCAAGAAACGGGGCCUGGUGCCAGCCGAUGCCCUGACCGAGAUCUGA